AUGGUUGGAUUUAACAGCAAGGAUAGGCGCAUAACCAUCUGUGUCAGCGCACUCUGGUGCCUUCCUCGCGGUCUCUAUGGGAACAGCCUCUGGACCCAGAGGAAUCUCCAUGGAAACCCUGCUGGAGUCGUCCCCCCACCUGGAUGCUGCGUGCUCCUUUCCGCCACCUGGCUGCCGGCGGGCCCGCUGCUACCUCCUCCUGCCUCUAACCUGCAGCCUGCAGCAUGCGCACUGCCCCCGGGAUCCCUAAAUGGGACAAUUCUGCCCGUGACAGGCGAGAGGUUUAGUGUGUGGAGCAGCUUGCGCUCCGCCCGGGCUGUCAGUCCCGGCUCCAGCCGCCGCGAGACCUUCCCGGAGACGCGCGCACACACAGCGCACCCCCGGCGCCCCGCGCACCCUCGCUCCCACACACGCGCACACACUCAGCCUGGCCGAGCAGGAGCCACUGACCAUUUUGCAAGUGCCGGGACCAGCUGCGGCGCGGUGGGCACAAACACCCGGUGUUCCCAUUCGGGGCUUUCGUCCGGGAGACGACGACGAGGGGAGAAGCAGAAACCAGAGGAGUCCUGUCUGGGGACCCCAUUAUUAUCCGGGAGACCCGCAGCCAGCGGCCUGCCUUCGUUUACCCACGUCCCCCUGGAGCGGAUGUCUGUCUGGGGUAGUACAGUUUAUCCUGUAGAACUAUGGCCAAAUCUCCAUGAAUGCUUUGCUAAUUUCCAGCACUUAACUCCGGGGACCUACAUGAGGGGCUGA